AUGAUGAAACCCCGAAAGGAGCUCACAGCCAGGCUAAAAAAUCUAGUGCCAGCUUUCUGCGACCUUAGGCUGGCGGAUGUGACAAUCUACAGCUAUACCUUCGAGAGGCACAUUUGUGAGAAAGCCGAUGCGAUGAAUGCUUCUAAGAUCGAUCAGGCCAUAAAGGCCUUUCAUGAGAAGAUCUUGGCAUUGAGAGCCGAAUGAGAUGACCCCAAUAGGACAGGGAAACGAGAGGUAAUCACCCAAGCAAGCAUUUUCCACUAUUUUGUCAGAGCUGUUUAG